AUGUCAUACUUGAAUCAAAGCGGAAUAGAAAUAGAGGGUUCUGAAGAGAAAAAAUCUAGUUAAAUGUCCUUAACAUAAAAGGUAUUCUCGAAGCUCUUAGCUGAUCCAGAAAAUUUGAAUUGCUUUGAUUGUGGCAAUCAAAACCCAGCAUAUGUAUCAAUAAAUCUUGGCAUAUUUUUAUGCUUCAACUGUGGUGUCUGCAUUCACAGACUUCAUUAUGGAAUAGAAAUCUCGUAUAUCAAGUCUGUUCAUGCCGAUACUUGGAAUCAUCAGUAAUUGAGAGUGCUUAUUAACUCGGGCAAUAAGCUAUUGAGAGAAUUUCUCGAGUUUUAUGAUCUACUUUAUGAGCCUUUAAAAGCAAAAAUCUAUGGACAAUAAUUUACUAAGGAAAAACCAAGUUAUGAAAUAGGACAUCGUGACAUCAUGCAAGAACUUUUUGAAUGGGAGGAACUUUCAUUGAUUGAAACAAAUUCUUCACUCUACUCCAGAUUUGUAAUGUAUAUAUCAGACCUAGAAAAGCAUAAUGAAUAAAUUUUCUUGUAAAACGGAAAUGUACCCUUAAAGGACCAGAUGCCAUUGAAUCCAAAUUUACCUCCUAGGCCGAUGAUUGCUAGUGAACCAUUUUGUGAUAAUAAUGGGAUAAGCAACGAAGAUUAUUUGCUAUUGAUUAAUAGGCUGAAUGAAUUUGCUGACAAUACUUUUACAUUUGGUGAAUCGAUAUUUAAGAAAAUAGAAGAAGUAGGAAACAUAAAUGAAACACUUAAAAAUACUGCAGACAAGAUAGUAAAUAAAAGCUCUGAGAUCAGCACUUCAUUUAUUAAGAAGACUAGAGAGAGCAUAACUUCCAUAAACUAAAGCCAAAAAAUAACUUCAUUGAGAGAAAAAGCAACUGACAAGUUAACAUCUUUGGGAGGCAAAUUAUGGGGAUUCUUUGGCUCUUCAAGUGAUAGCAAAUAAAAUAGUGAUAAAAAGUAAAAGGAAGAAACAAAAGGAGAUCCUAGGUUCGAUACUAAUAUACUUAGCAUCUAGAAUGAGUCUUCAUUGUAAGGGAAGUUCAAGGACUAGAAAAAGAUCUCUUUGAGAGACAACUUAAUACAAAUAGAGGAAGACGAAGGAAAUUACGAUUUGCAGCAAAACUAUGAUCAAUCGAUUGAUAAAAUAUAGAGUAGUUAAUUUUGA